ACGGUAACGAAAAUGAUUUUAUUUCGAUGCGCAUUAUGUACUCAAAUACGAGCUAAAUUUUAUGGAGAAAUAGGAGGCAAGCGAGAAGAACAACGUCAAGGAAGAAGGUCGAGGAUAGACAGAGACGAAGUUGGCGCACACGCAUCUCGUCGAUCACGCGUAUGGGGAUACACACACACAACUUCGCAGCCAUGUUCAUCAGAUUUUUCAAGCAAGUCGCUCCGAAUGGAGAUCUGAAGCGUCGCUACUCUUGGCAAAAGUCGACGACGGCGACCGGCGGCAGCACAUCGUCGUCCAACGGCGGCAUCGCGAGACGAUCGACCGCCGCAGUCGAUAAGGACUCGUCGUCGGCCUUGGGACUGUCUCGGCUGCUGCUGCAGCAGGGCAACGGCAAAGGCAACGGCUGCGGCAUCGAGCAGAACCCAACGGCCCUAUGCACCAGCCCGACUGCCAACAGCCACCAGAGCAGCACCACCACCUCCUCCUCUAUCUGCGGCGCAACGACGAAUAACGAGGCCGAUCGGCUCGAUAUCAAGUUGCAGGAAGAUGGGAGUACGGUACAGACGGUGGACUUGGUGGCGGACUGCCCGGAGCCGGCCAACGCCGACGUAACGAUUCUGCCCGUAGCAGCGACAGCUGCAGCAUCGGCAGCAGCACCGAUAGAUACAGAAACGAUUUCACCGAGCGACACAAGUAGCGACAAGAAUUGCCGCAGCGGUGAACGGAAUAACGAGGAAAAUAUACGCGAAAACGUCGGCAUGGGACAGAAAUCGAGCAGUCUUGGCCUUCUCAGGCCGAAGAUAUCGCUGACUUGGGUGCUGCGAGAUCAGCCUCAUCUUCAGCAACAACAUCAGCAUCAGCAGCAGUAUCAACAUAGUUUUCACAAUCAUUAUCACAAUCAUCACGACAACAACAACAGUAGUAGCAAGAAUAAUAAUAACAACAACAACGAUUUGAUCUACGCGAACUCGAUGGAGCUCACCGAGUGCAAGUUUUCUCUGAGCAACAGUCAACGGGUGCAGGACGUUCGCGCCGAGAUUCACACGCAGAAGGAGCUGGUCAAUCGUCAACGAGCAGCUGUUAAGGAACGCGAGGUCGAGAAGGAGCGCAUGUUCCGACGCAGCGUGAAAAGCGUGAAAAGCGUCAAGAGCCUGAAGAGUAUGAAAAACGCGAAGAAAGCCGCCGCGGCCGAGCGAGCGAGGAACAACGCCGGAGACAACAAGGAGAAUCGUAUGCCGAACGCUGUCGACGCGGCGGCGCUCAAUAGGAUAGACAACAUCGAAGUUGUGGAAACGUGUUUCGAGAACGUCGCAGCCAAAGAUUACGAGUUAGAGAAGCGGGCCGCCGCCAACGCGAGCAAGAACAUCUACGAAAUCAUUGCCAAGGGCGGCAACGAAGCCAUCGCCAGCCACGACGACAAAGUCAAGCGAGCGAUUUCCGAGCCGAAUCUCAAUGCUCGCGACAACGGUAACAUCAACAACAAAACGACGAAGACGACGACGACGACGACAGCGUCGACGAGCAGCAACAGCAGCAGCAGCGUCGGUAGACACAACCGGCGAAAAAAGCGCUCCAAGUCCAAGUUCGGCUGCUACGCGAUCGCCGACCUCGACUCGUUCCUCACCAAGGCGUCGAUCGAGCAGCCGGCCAACGUGCCCGUGGUGCUCACCUUCCCGACGACCCUGUACCAGACGCAGGGCGGCACCCAGGCCGAGCUCGCGCUGCCGCUCGGCUGCGUCGUCAACGCCGUCUUCAAGAAUCAGGCCUGGCUGUACGUGCAGACGGCCCACGGCCAGGAGGGCUACGUCAAUUACACGGCCUGCCUGCCGCUCGGCAUACUGCCCCAGUCGUCGGCGUCGGCGUCAGCGUCGUCGUCCGCUUCGACGUCGACGUCGGGCGCCACCAGCAGGAGACAGCACUGCUGGGACGAUCCUACCGACGUUUUUCCACGACCGUUGGGUAAUCUAACGGACAUGGAGAAGCUGCAGGACACGCGUUCCGAGUGCGGAGGGCGAAAAUCGGCCUCGUCGGCGUUACGACAGCGCCGGCCGCAGUCGGCCAUACCGAGUCGGAAUCCAAAGUCGACGUCAUCGACUACGUCGUCGCUGUCCUCGUCGUCGGGUACACCGAGCACGUCGACAACGGCCUCGCGAUGCCCCAGUGAAAUCGGCAGUGGUAGCCGCAGUAGCGGCGCAUCGAAAAAAAAGAUCGCCACCAGCAGCGGUAGCCAGCAGCAACUACAGCAACAGAAGAGGCUCUUGCACACGUUGCUGCUCGUGCGAGAAAAUUACCAAGCCGAGCAGCAGCAGCAACAGCAGCAGCAGCCCACGCGAUUCGAUCAGGUGUCGUCAGCAACGGACGCUUUGAGCGUGAACAAGGGCGAGGUGGUACUGCUGCUGGGCGAGCAUCGGCCCGACGCCGACGGCAGAUACCGAGUGCGCGCCAAGGACGGCCGCGAGGGUUUCAUACCGGCGGCCGUCGCUGCACACGGUUUCUUGUGAACAUGAGAAAAUAAUAAAAUGAACAAUUAACUGAGAGUGAGAUAUUAUAGUUUUGCAAAUGCGUGCGCGUGUAUUAUUGAAUCUAUCGUAUGUAGUUGUAAUCAAAUUGUACAAAUUGCGUUUGAUCGUAUUGUUAUUUUUAAAUUAUCUUAAAUGAAUUAUGUAUAAAGAUGAGCAUGUAAUGUUCCACGUUAUGCAAAUAAUGAAUAUCUUAGAUAGAUAGUGAUCGAUUGUCAUCGAUUUGAAAUAUAAAAAGAGUAUUUAAUUGUAUUUAUCGAAUUCACCGACUAAUAAUAUACAUUA